AUGGGAGGAGUGAGCUUGGAAGGAAAGAAGGUGAUACUCGUGCCCUACAUGGAGGCCCACGUCCCAAAGUAUCAUCACUGGAUGCAAGACCCCCUCCUCCUGCAAGCCACCGGCUCGGAGCCCUUAUCCCUCCAAGACGAGUAUCAGAUGCAACUCUCCUGGACCCAAGACCCUCUCAAAAGGACUUUUAUUGUACUGCAUAAGGAAUUGAUACAUGGUGGUUUUGUUCCUGGAGAUCCUCAUGUUGAAGCUAUGGUAGGUGAUGUAAAUAUAUUCAUGAAUGAUUUGGAUGAUCCUCAAAUUGCUGAGAUUGAGAUAAUGAUAGCUGAACCAAAAAGGAGAUGUUAUGGCUUGGAUUUUACCCUUGGCAAGUCCCGCUCCUAUGACCAUGUUGUUAGCAAUCGUGGAAAAGGACUUGGGAAGGAAUCUGUGUUGAUGAUGAUGGCCUAUUCUGUUCAGAACCUUGGGACCCGCUUAUUCCGUGCUAAAAUUGGAGAGUCAAAUGGAUCAUCUCUUAAUAUAGACAGUGACCUGAGAGCUUGUGCUCAUAAAGACAGUGCAAUGGAACGAAUGACUAAAUUUGAGUACUUGCAGAUCUACUUGGACUAG